AUGGACGGUCAGACUCUGCGGAAGGCUGAGAGAAGCCGGUCCUGCUCUCGGGAGAAAAAGGAGGGUUACACUAAGGACAUGGUGACAGACUUUGAUGAGAAGCACGAUGAGUAUUUAAUAUUGCUCCAGCAGAGGAACCGGAUAUUAAAGCAUCUGAAAACCAAGGACCCCGUGCAGUUGAGGCUGGAGCACCUGGAACAGGGGUUCUCGGUCUACGUCAACGGGGCCAACUCCGAACUGAAGGCAUCCCCUCGGAAAGCCGUCCACUCUGACUUCUCCAGAAGCACCUCCCACGCCGAGGGGACUCACGAUUGUGGACGAAGAACUCUGUUUCGAGAAGCUGAAGAAGCUUUGAGACACAGUGCACGGACAGCUCCCAGCAAAGUCCAGCGCCGAGGAUGGCAUCAGAAAUCUGUGCAGAUCAGAACAGAAGCUGGCCCGCGGCUCUACAUCCAGCCUCCUCCGGACUAUGCUGAAGAUUCUGAGCCAUGUGGGGAUGUGACUGUCAAGGUGAAGGAUGCUUCUGGGGACUGUCCACAGGAGCUAAGAAAAAGCCUGGAACUUAGUGUCAAUCUACAAAGGAAAGAAAAGGAUGGUUCCAGUGAUGAGUAUGACUCUAUCGAAGAAGAUGUACUCUCUGAGCCGGAGCCUGAGGACCAGGUGCUGGUGGGCUGUCCCAGAGAUGACUCCCCUCUUUCCCGAAGGGACUCAGUGCUAAAGGAUUUUCCCGAGGACCAGGAGACAGAAGGACGCCUUCCCCAGGGCCCAGACACCCUCGUAGUGCUGGAAUUUAACCCGGCUUCCAAAAGUAAUAAAAAGGAAAGGAAUUUGUCUGCUAAGCGGAAGGACAACGCUGAGGUCUUCAUUCCCAGCAAACCUGAGCCACACCUGAGUCCCCAGCCCCCGACCAUGUUCCCAGAUCAAGACAGGGCGUGCUCAAGACCUGAAAGCCGCCGAGAGAGACCCCUAUCCGCAACCCGGAAACCUGUGCGAGAUGCUGAGGACCGAGAGGAAGAUGCCUCGGCCGUGCUCAGGGCCAUCCAGGUGGAGAACGAGGCCCUGCAGAGCGCGAUCCUCAGCAGAAAGGCCGAGCCCCCCGCCAGCCCACUGCAGGACACAGAGGGACCACGAGCAAAGUCAUGGACCAGUCUGCUCAAGGAGGGGACCCCUGAGCUGCCUCCCAUCACCACGGCGACCAGCACGCAGGAGCCAGCCAGGGCAGCAGGGGGAGCCAGAGCCGUCAGUGAAGCCAUCGACAGAAUCGGCCUUUUGGGGAGCAGACAACAGCAGAAGCUUCUGAAAGUCCUCCAGGCCAUUGAAAGUGACUCUGCCCAUCUCAGCCUGGUUGUUUCACCCACGGAGGAGCAAGUGCUGGACCCAGAGGACAAAUCGGGACCGAAAGCGGAGGAGAUCAAAGAUGCCAUCUACGUGACCAUGGAAAUCCUGUCCAACUGGGGCAGCGCGUCGUGGGUGGGCCUCACAGAAGUCGAAUUCUUCGACCUGAACAACACAAAGCUCUACGUGUCGCCCCAUGACGUGGAUAUCCGGAACACAGACAUGCCCGGGAACCUGGGCCACUUGGUCAACAGGAACUUAGCUGGCAAGAAAGACCCUUCCCUGUGGACGUGCCCCUUCCACCCGCCGCUCCAGCUCUUUUUUGUUAUCCGCAACACGGGACAGCUGCAUGACUUUGGUCUAACCAAGAUCAAGGUUUGGAAUUACUGGACGGCUGACGGCGACUUUGACAUCGGGGCUAAGAACGUGAAGCUUUAUGUCAACAAAAAACUCAUCUUUGAUGGCAAGUUAGACAAAGGGGGUGGCGAGGCCCCGCACAGCAUCCUGGUGGGGCUGCAAGAUGAGAGGAUGGAAAAGAGCGAUGCUGCCCUCUCAGAAGAAAGCAGAGGUAUCUGCAAGACGCCCGGCACCGAGGAGGACGAGGAGCUCCGCACCAGUCACUCGCAGCCAGCUGGAGCAGCAGAGGAUGCGAAGGUUUCUUCACAAGGACAUUUAUUUGGUGGAAGGAUGAGUUCUCCCGACGGUGUGAAAGACAGUUUGUCCCGGUCAGAGGAGGAGCUCAGCGUUUCAGCCGCCCCGUCCUCGGCGGGUGGCGAGCCCAGUGGUCCUCCCCACUCGCCCCCUGUGGGGUGCCCUCCUCCUCCUGACCAGGAGCUCUCGCUGCUCCGACAGCUGGGAAACCUCACAGGCAGAAAAGUCUCUGAGCCGCCAGGGAAGACCCCAUCCUGGUUACAACCUUCUCCGGCGGGGAAAGGCAGGAAGCCGGGAGGCCCGAAGUUGAAACCCCUCUGGCUGAGUCCAGAGAAGCCGCUGGACGGGAGAGACGGGCUUCCAUCAGACGACGUCAUGGGUGAGGGGCCUGGAGUGUCCGAGGCCAGGGAUAAAGGCCCCCGACGUGAGCAAGGGCGAGUGAGCAGCUGGAAUGUCAUCACCGCUGAGAGAGCUCAGAGGACGACCCCCAAAGUCCACGGUGAUGACUUUGACAUCUUUAACCAGCCCCCCCACAGGGAGCAGCCUGCUAGUGGGAGGAGGGGACUGAGGAGGGACGGCCUCAGCCUCAGUCAUGGUGACGGCCAGCCAGCCAGCGGAGAAGACGCCUGGUCCACCCGGAUGCCGCCACGGCCCCGGUGGCGAAGCGAGCAGGAACACACCUUGCACGAAUCGUGGGACUCCCUCACGGCCUUCGACCGCUCGCACCGGGGACGCAUCUCCAACGUGGAAUUCCAGGGCGACAUCCUGGACGAGUUUCUACAGCAGCAGAAAAGCAGCCGGCAGAGCGACCAGCCGCCCGCCCGGAAGGAGGAGAAGCCGGGGCCUGUGCAAGGGCAGGACCACCGCUCCCCGGAGACAGACGACGGGGGUGACUUCAGAAUCCCCGUCCUGCCCCAUGGACAGCACCUGGUCAUCGACAUCAAGUCCACGUGGGGGGACAGGCACUAUGUUGGCCUCAACGGGAUAGAAAUAUUCAGUUCCAAGGGGGAGCCGGUGAGAAUCGAGAACAUUCAGGCUGACCCCCCAGACAUCAAUAUCUUACCGGCCUAUGGGAGAGACCCCCGCGUGGUCAGCAACCUCAUCGAUGGGGUGAACAGGACCCAGGAUGACAUGCACGUCUGGCUGGCCCCCUUCACGCCAGGCAAGUCCCACUCCAUCUCCAUGGAUUUCGAGCAGCCUUGCCAGGUCGCCCUGAUCAGGAUCUGGAAUUACAAUAAAUCACGGAUCCAUUCCUUCCGGGGCGUGAAGGACAUCACGAUGCUGCUAGAUGCGCAGUGCAUCUUUAAGGGAGAAAUCGCCAAGGCCUCCGGAACCCUGACGGGAGCUCCAGAGCACUUUGGCGACACCAUCUUAUUCACAACCGACGAUGAUAUUCUCGAGGCCAUCUUCUGUUCUGAUGAGACAUUUGACCUGGACGUGGAGAGCGUGUGCAGCCUGCAGAGUGAGGAGGCGCUGAGGAGGCCCAGCACGGCCGAUGGCCAGGGGGAGGAGAGGCCAUACACCCAGGCCGGCUCGUGGGCUGAUGACCGGAGCCUGGAGCCAGAGCUGCCCCCCAGUCCCCCUGUCCCUGACGUCACCACGCCAGAGCCGGGCGUCUACCAUGGCAUCUGCCUCCAACUGAAUUUCACCACCUCCUGGGGUGACCUGCACUACCUGGGGCUCACCGGCCUGGAGGUGGUGGGCCAGGAUGGCCAGGCACUGCCCAUCAACCCGCACCAGAUCUCUGCCUCCCCCAGAGACUUAAAUGACCUCCCUGAGUACACGGACGACUCCCGGACCCUGGACAAGUUAAUUGAUGGAGCCAACAUCACGAUGGAGGAUGAGCAUAUGUGGCUGAUCCCCUUCUCGCCGGGGCUGGACCACGUGGUCACGAUCCGCUUCGACAGAGCCGAAAGCAUCGCAGGCCUUCGCUUCUGGAACUACAAUAAAUCUCCCGAGGACACCUAUCGAGGGGCCAAGAUCGUCCACGUCUCCCUGGAUGGCCUGUGUGUCUCCCCUCCUGAGGGCUUCCUCAUCCGGAAGGGACCAGGCAACUGCCACUUUGACUUUGCUCAAGAAAUCCUCUUUGUGGACUACCUGCAGGCCCGACCGUUGCCCCUGCCAGUCCAGAGGCUGGACACAAAGAGCCUGGAGCGGGCGAGCAUGGACUAUGAGUCACCCCCGAUGCCCUGCGGCUUCAUUUUCCAGUUUCAGCUCCUGACCAGCUGGGGUGACCCCUAUUACAUAGGUCUUACCGGCCUGGAGCUAUAUGACGAAAGAGGAGAAAAAAUCCCUCUGUCAGAGAACAAUAUCGCCGCCUUCCCGGACAGCGUCAACUCCCUGGAGGGGGUGUGCGGGGACGUCCGGACCCCUGACAAGCUCAUCGACCAAGUGAACAACACCAGCGACGGCAGACACAUGUGGCUGGCCCCCAUCCUGCCUGGCCUGGUGAACCGGGUUUAUGUGAUUUUCGAUCUGCCCACCACAGUGUCAAUGAUCAAACUGUGGAAUUACGCAAAAACACCACAUCGAGGGGUGAAGGAGUUUGGCCUCCUGGUGGAUGACUUGCUCGUGUAUAACGGGAUCCUGGCCAUGGUGGGCCACCUGGUCGGGGGCAUCUUGCCCACAUGCGAGCCCACGCUGCCCUAUCACACCAUCCUCUUCACCGAGGACACGGACAUCUGUCACCAGGAGAAGCACACCGCCAUCAGCAAUCAGGUAGAGGACCAGGACGUGCAGAUGAUGAAUGAAAACCAAAUCGUUACCAACUCGAAGAGGAAGCAGAAUGCAGCUGACCCAGCCUUACGUCCCAAAACCUGCAUCAGUGAGAAGGAGACAGCGAGACGGUGGCGGUGCUGA